UUUAAGGAAAUAUAUUGUUUUGUGUGGUAUGUCUAAAGUCCACUAUAUUUAUUGAAAAAUUGCAGUUUAGGAAAUACAAAAAUAAAAACUUGACAUUUAACAGUAUAAGUGCUGCAGUUAACAUUUUACACUGGAAUUCUGCUUUAAAGUGCUAAUUAUUCAUGAGUCAGAAUUGAUGUGGUGGUGGUUUUCUCAGCAGGUGGCUCUCCAGAUGUGAACGUGGGUUAACGGAAGACUUCACAGAAGAACAGGGACACCCCUCCAUAACAAUACAUGCCACCGAUGUCCUGGUACAGACUAUGUCCUCUGCUUGUCCCCUACUACUUCUCAUGAUAUAUGGGUGUUGGACACUACCUCUCCCAUCUACAAUGACUGUGGUCUGGAGUGUGCUGGACAAUGGGCAAAACCAGGCCAAUCUCGUAUGUUUGGUGAACAGCAGACCAGAUGCUAUUUUCACAGUGUGGAUAUCAAAUAUUAAUGAAACUAAUAAAAGGACCUUAGGUGGCAUUCAGAUGAACAUUAUGCUAGCAUCCUCCACCCAGCAAUACAUCUAUUCAUCUGGCAAUGACCAACCUCCUGUUUCUGUAGUUCCUUCCCCUGGGGGCCCCUCCUCGCGUUUUUCUACCAGGAAUGCUGGCUUUCAACUUUCCAUAUCUUUGUCUAUAAUGAGGCUGCCCAUCAUUGCCCCUUUUACUUCACUGAAUAUGCCUCUUCAUUCUUUGGUGCCCUCCUUAUCUUCUAGCAAAGAAGUCAGUAAUUUUGUUCCUUCACCUUUCCGUGAAAGUGGCCUCAUCCUUUCGCCAGAAUUAACUGAGAGCAACAAUGCUGACUCCCUUAACUCAGAUUCUCAACAGAACAUCAAUGUUCACAUUGGCCAACCUGUAUUAACUGGAAAUCUCAAGAAUUUGGCCCAUUUAAGUCUACCAAUCGACAGCCUCCAAAUAUGGGACUCAGCGGCCUCCUGCUUUUUAGCUCAAGCUGAAAGUGUUGACAUUAAUGAUAUUAUCCUCUCAGGAGAAUCAAGUUGCUCCUUGUGCUAUGAUGAAGACUUUUCCUCGGCGUUAGCUCUUCAUAUGAAGCAGGAUUUCCUCUUUGUCUUGGCCAUCAGAAUAAUCGUCUUCAAACUCUUCAUUUUCGACCUGCUGGUGACCUGGAUAGCCAUGCUGCAAUUGUAUUGGCCUGUAGCCACUGGCUUAUAGAAUGUAUAUUCUUCUCCCUGAUGUCAUCCAGAACAAUAUAAGGCAGUAUAUCUUACAAUAAACUAGUAUUUCUAAAUCAUGCAUCGAUGUAU